GGGAAUCGCGAGAGACAGAGAUAGUAAGAAAAAAGAGAAAAGCCGCGUUCUUUCACACAAAUCCCCGGAAAACUAUCCAACGCCCUCCUCCCUCCCUCUCUCUCACUCUCCCCAUCACCCGAUCGCCGCCAAUUCGUCCUCGCCAUCUGAAACCCAAUUCCCCCUUUCCUGCAGAAAAUUUCAUUUUUUCUCCCUCCCCCUCAAAUUACACGCACUGUAGAAUCUGUAGAUCAUAUAUCAAAAUUAUACAAAACACAGAUUUUUAAAGUUCGUAAUUUUCUCAGAGUUUUUCUUAGCUCGAUCAAACCCACCUUUUCUUUUCCCAAAAUUCGAUUUCUUUGUAGCUCAGUUGUGACCAAUUUCUGUCGAAUUCCGAUAUGGACGAGUUCGGUGUGUUGACGGAGCGAUUUGGGUUGAAGCCCCAAGGAAAAUCGGCUCCGAUGGCCUCAUCGAAACGACCCGCUGCCGCCAACGACGCCCAAUCCUGGGACUUCGGGGUCGGUUCGGGUGUAAGCACCAAAACGUCGUCGUACUCCUCCGGAUCUCCUCCCGUCAAUCCCAAUUCCGAUUACGCGUCCUUCUUUGAUGGUCCGAACGGGCUUUUCCAGUCGAGCUCUAACGACAAAACACGCAGCUUUGGAGGAUUGGACGACUACGACGACAUCUUCACCGCACCCAGUAAGCCAGUAAAGCAGUCGGGUGGCUCUUCUUUCAAUUUCGACUCGAUGUUUGUGGGUUCGAAUGCGAAAACGUCGUCGUUUGGUGGCUAUAAUGAUGACUACGAUGUGUUUGCUGGAAUGCCUGGCCUUCAGAGCUCUAGUUCUGGUAAGAGUAGUGCAAAAGAUGAUGACAUUUUCGGGUCAUUUGCUUCCGGUUCGAAGCAGAGUGCUCCGGUUGAUGACUUGCUGGGUGAUCUUAGCGGAGUGAGACAAAAAUUGCAAGGAUUGAACGUGAAGAACGAUAGAAAUGUUAAUUCGGCCGGAAAGGUGGCCAAGAAGGGAGGCGAUUUUGAUGAUUUGAUUCCGGGGUUUGGUGGAAGCACCCCUUCCAAUAAUGGAGCACCCGAAAAUCGUCCUCUGCCAUCAACCGUUCAUUCAACUAAAUCAAACUUCGGUUCAUCUAUGGACGACCCCUUUGUGGUGUUAGAGUCAGUUUCUACUUCAGCUUCAACACUUGGAUAUGAUUCCUCCGAUAUUUUUUCAGAACUGGAACAGAUCAGUAAGCUCAGCAAUUCUGGAGGAGCAAAACCCGGCGUUUCAUCAAAUAGUUCCACAAAGUUGAAAUCCCCUCCAAAGUCAGCACAAGCUUCAAAGGGAGAUAAAGAAAGGAGCUCUGGUGUGUCUUCUAUUGAUGAACUUGAGGAAUUUGCCAGAGCUACGGUGCGAAAUAAUGCAACUGGACGCACAAAUGUUCCUUCUUAUGAAGAAAGGGUAGAGACCUCAGCCACCAGACGAGGCAGAUUGAUUGAAGAUGAUCUAAUGGGUUUCAGAUCAAACAGUGUACCAAGGUCAAAACCUACAAAUUUGGACUCAGUAUUUGAUUCGCAGACAAACAACAGAGGAAGACCUACGCCCCAAAGGGCAUCUGUUACCUCAAAUAGCAUGAAGAAGUCUUCAUCUGCAACUGGUCUUUUUGAUGGCCUUUUUUCGAUGGAUGGAGCUUCCACUGGGUUUGUAGAAUUUGAGGAAGUUGAAGGCGAAAGUGAAGAAAGACGAAGAGCCAGAUUGGCACGUCACCAGAGAUCACAGCAGCGUGCGUUGCAAGCAGUGGCUGAUAUGAACCAACGUGAUAGGAAGACUCGGCAGGAGCAAGAAGAUAGACGUAGAAUUGCCGAGAAUUUGGAUAUUAAAAUAAAGAGCUGGUCUUAUGGGAAAGAAGGCAACAUGCGCGCAUUACUGUCAUCCUUGCAAUCUGUCCUUUGGGCAGAAUCUGGAUGGGAACCCGUUUCAUUGACAGAUUUGAUCACUUCUGGUUCAGUCAAAAAGGUUUAUAGAAAGGCCACAUUGUGUGUCCAUCCUGAUAAGGUUCAACAGAAAGGUGCUAGUCUGGAACAAAAAUAUACUGCAGAGAAGGUUUUCGAUAUCCUUAAGGAAGCUUGGAACAAGUUCAACAAGGAGGAACUCUCUUAAUAUUUUAUACGACGAUCAUUCUUUAGAGCUUGAUACGUUUAGCGUUCACAAACGUUUCUCUUUGGGAGCGACGAAGCAUGUGCUGUGGAAAUUGCCGGUUUGCAGCUGUAAAGCAGGAUGAGAUGAAUUUCGCUUCCGUUUUCUAUUACAAAUUUACAAGACUUUCAUUUUUAUCUGUAAAAUCCCUGGUGAGGACUACUUUCGUUUAUGGUUUUGUAUAUUAACGCUGUCACGAAAAUAUUACGAAUGGGAUGUAAUGAAUCUCUGGCAUCCAGAUUGUUAUGAUAUUGAGAACUCCAGUUCAUCA